CUCAUGGUGAAGUGGUGGGUUUCCAAGAGGGCCGGAAGUGUCUCCCGAUCUGCGACCAGCAGAGGGCUCUGAUCAUUGUGAAGGAAAGAUUUCCCCCUUCCUUGUUUUCUUUCUUUCUCUGUCUCUCUCUCUUCUUUGUUCCGAAGCCUGAAUCACAGACUGCAUCCGGUCUCAGCAGCUGCUCGGCCACCAUAUUGGGGAUUUGUUGCAGCCAGAGAGGCCUCGGCUCCAGCUCUCCCUGCGGCCGCCCAAAGAGGGGGACUGUCUGGGAGGAACGGAUCCAGCUCCGGACUCUUGCAGCCAUUGAGCCCUGACUAGGGCUGUCCACUACUUGAAGACUUGGCUAAAAGCACAGGAGGGGGAAGGUGUGUCAAGAGAGAUCAUGGAAGAGAAUAGCGAGGAUGUGACUUCUCUGGCGGCCUACAUUUCAACAGAUGGCAGUUACACAGAGACCGUGCCAAUGCCGAAUCACGGCACAAUGACAGCUUCUUCGCAGGGCUCUUCCUCUGCCACAAAAUCAAGGCGCCAGCCCGUUUGGACCGACGAGGAAACCCGGGCCUUCAUCCAGGUGUGGGGCGACGAUGCUGUGCAGAGUGCCCUAGCGUCAAACUAUCGUACAGUCGCACAGUUCCAGUGGAUUGCGGAUGAAAUGCGAGCCCGGGGGUACAACAGGGACUGGGAGCAAUGUCGCGAACGUGCAAAGGUGCUUCGACGUGGCUUCAAAGAGAUAGUGGAUGGGAACAGCAAUGCUGGUCAUGGACGCCGAGUGUGGCCAUAUUAUGAAGAGCUUAAUCGUUUUCUUUGCAUCAAGCAAAAUCUGGUCGUUCCACGGCUUUCAGGAAGCAAUUCACGGCCACCUGUUGACCGUCGACGUCGGGAGCACAGGGAAACUCAGGAUGCUGCCUAUGAACCACCUUCAUCGGUAGGAAAGAGUGACAAAGGGACUUUUGAAGAGCCAGACGGGGAUUGUUUACUCUUGCCUGAAUCAGCUGGAUCACAGCAGAGCGAAGCCAACAUGGAAAACCAAGUGGGGUCUCCAGCAGCAAACUCUGAUAUAUCCAUGGAUGGGAGUGCUGGUCCUGGCACUCCCACAGAUCCUUUGCCAUCCAAUGACUCAGUUUCUGCACCAAAUCUGCGCCCUCGACCAUUGACUGCCGCAGAGAGGAUGCGGAAUCUUCGUUGCAGACAGAGAAAGAGGAGGGGGGACACUUUGAAAGAGCUCAUGGAAGUCACCUCCCAAGCGACCAGCGAACUUGUCCGGACACUCUCUGACCUCACGCACAAAGAGGUGGCUUCUUUUGAACGUGCUUACAAGGAGGAUCUGUCUGCUCGUAAAGAUGAGAUGGAACAGAGCGCAGAGGACAUUGGAAGGCUUGUAAGCGCUCUGGAGUCCAGUGAUCAGACUCUGAAGGAGCAGUUGAGCAGCCAGACCAGUGUACUGCAAGGCAUACUGGAAGUUAUGAAAGACAUACGGGGUAGAACAUCGUACAGUCCUCCCUACCCUUCACAGUAUUACGAUUUCCCUGGCCCUAGCAUGAUGCAUACAGGGGCUUCCUCCUCAAACGGCCAAGAGAUGCCAUGCCCCUCCCCUUCCAGCCUUGCAUUCACUUCCCAGCAGCCUGCUACCAGCAACGGAGACGUCUCUCCUAGGAAGCGGAUGAAAUGAAACCGCUGCAAUGGAGAGGCCCUUCCUCAUUUAGUCUCAUUGUGGGAAAAGCCCAUCCCUCCAGCUGUUUUCUUCUUGUUAUGACACAUAUAUUGCUUUUCUUUACUGCAUAGUUAGAACAUAUUUUCACCACAUUUAUGUGUGUGUCUCCCUACAACAUUAAUGUUGUGGAAACUGCUGCCAGCAACGUACAUUUAAAUUUAUUCUUACUGGGUUUGUUUGUUUGUUUUUUUAAGUGUACCAACAUUAGUUUCCCUUCCAUCUUGUUUCCAGAGGAAUGCAGUGUUUGAUGUACAAGUGUACAAGUUUUUUUUUUUAAAAAAAUACACUUAACACAUUACCGGUUACCUGUAAGAAGGUAAUCUUUUAAAAAGAAAUAAACCUGCACUGUUGUUCCAAA